AUGGCCAUGACUCCAGUCAAGGAGUUUUCUUCCUCACCAACACUCGCCGAUCUUCCGGUGACAAUAUUACUCCCAGCUCCAGAUUCGACACAUGCUGACAAAGUAAAUGUCCUCAAGGAGGAUAGGGAAGAAAAGAUCUACGAUGAAGAGAACCCGGCUGUUGAUGAUGAACAAGACGAGGAAGGAGAUGAUUUUGCGGAGGAUGAAGGUUUAGGGGACGACGACAAGGAUCCUGAGACAACAGAAGAAGGCGAGGGGAAGCAACCAACGGUAACCACUGUCAAGAAACUUCCAGGCUCUGAGAAGAGGAGCGAGCCCACUACCGCACCAAUUAAAAAGCCCUUCGCUCAAGAUACCGAAGAGGAUGCUGGAGAGGAGAACGAAGACUCCAGGGAUGACAGCACCGAGAACCCCAUUUAUUUUCCGGAAUAG